CUGGAGGUUUAGAACUUUUUGAAUACCGAAACUGUCAUCCUCCUGUCAUCUACAAUAAGCGCAUGCAUAUGAGGAUUAUAUAGAUUUCUACAUUAAAUAUUAUCUACAUUUUGUCUACCUCAACUGUUAUUUGUAUGUGUGCUGCAUACCCGUUUGCACAUCAUUCGUCCUAAAUAUAAGGUAGUGCAAAAGAGCACAAGUUCUAUGGUUUACUGCGAAAAUUGUCUGAAAAAGUAAACCAACAUACUUCCCUAAUACAACUCAAGCAAUCAAAUUAGACAUUAAACACAUUUUUCCAGUUAUUCUGAUUGGUUUAACAAUUUCAGUAAUUUUUCAUCCUGUAGAAUAGCAAACACCAACAUUAUAUAUAAGUAUAUAUAUAUAUAUAUAUAUAUAUUGCAAAUAAACGUGUAUCUACCACAAUAGAAUGAAAUUAUAAAAAUUACAAUUGAAUGGUUUUUAAUUGCAUUAUCAUACAAUAUGAUAUUACAGCCACUGAAAGCGGUCUGUUAACAGUAGACACGUUUCAUUGUAAUUAUUUGUCUGAAAAAGUAGUGGAUUAUUACCAUCAUCAGUCUACAGAAUAACCAUUUCUGUCAAGAAUAAUCUGCAUGAAUUCCGAAGCUCGACUAGAUCAAUAAUACACCAAAGUGAUCAUGUAUCAUGUUCUACAGAUAUUAUUCAGCUUAUAUUUACCGGCCACAAUUACCGCCAGUGAAUUUCAAUGUACACUACCACUAAACACAACAAACACUCCAAUUCACCCUAUGUUAUCAAGAAAUUCAAGAGAUAUUAAAUCUGUGAUAUAUAUUGGAGUUAUUCUGAGUGAAAGUGAUAAAGAUAUUGAAAAAGCAUUCGAAAAUGGUAUACAAGCAGCUAAUGAAGUACUAAGUCAGAGUGGGACACUGUCAUCUUAUCAAUUGGAACCUAUUAUUCAGUUUGUACCGAGGGAUAACGUUUUCAUAUCUACAAAACAAGCAUGCAAAAUUCUGGAUCGAGGGAUAAUAGCUUUGUAUGGACCCAGUUCACCGUCCCUGGCACACGCGCUACUGUCACUGGCUAAUCGCUUUGGUUUACCAUAUGUGGAAACACACUGGAGUUUGGCACCACCUACUACUUAUGCCAUACAUUUACAUCCAAGCAUCGAAAGCUAUGGAAUAGGUUUAUAUGAAUAUUUAACUCAGGUAGAAAAAUGGAAGCGUAUGACCUUAAUAUAUAACAAACCUGAAAGUUUGCUCAAAUUCACUACUUUGGUGAACAAUUUUGAAGGAAUUUUGAAAAUUAAAUCUUGGGACGAAAUGCAAGUGGGGCCAGAGCUAUGAUGGCAGAACUGGGUUCAGGUUUGGAAAAAAUUUUCUUGUUGACAUUCCAAGCUGGCAAGUUAGCAACUUUUUGGUUAUGGCCUACGUGCACAAUAUGACCGGUUAUCAGUACACAUUUAUAUUCACAGACUGGG